UUGUUUUUCUGACCUCGCAGUGCACUAGUAACGCGACUCGGGGAACCAGCAUAAGCAAGACUCGCUCCGUGCAAUUUAAAUGCGUAACUUUGAUUAUUCGGAAACUAUAAAAUAAAUUGACUAAUUGUUCAGAAGCAUAAGUAAAUUUGCUUCUUCUGGAGCAUUAUUCACAUCCAAGAUUCCGGACACCUGAGCCUUCACGAUGAGAUCCGUGGCGCUGACGUGUGUUCCGUACUUCAUCGUGGCGUUGGUUGUCCUUAGUCACCUGACUGUUUGCAAUGCCACGAAAAUAGAAUGUUACGUCGAUAAGAAUGGCGACAAGACAGACCCGAACAACAUCUACCGCUGCGCCGCGGACCACACCUGCUGCCAAGAGGAAGGUUUGCCAUCCUGCUGCAUGAAAAAAGCAAGCAGCGUUGCCAUGUGGGAACAGAUCCAGCUUUGGGGCAUCCUAGGCGCGGGCAUCAUCGUGCUGGGUUUGGUGAUGUGGUUCUGUCGUCACGACGGCGAUUGUUGCUGCAACGCAAAGGACGGACGCAAGUCUUGCUGUGGCAAGCCUUACGGCAAGAAGCCCGACGACAAGUUUGCUGAGGGAUACGGAGUGCCAUCGGACACAGAAUCGGAUGACGACGACGACGACUCAGACGAUGAUGACGAAGAAGACGACAAGAACAAAGACAAAAGCUUGAAGAAGAAACCCUACGCACAUCCGUCCACCGAGGAAGAACCUCAAAGUCAAACUCCCGGGAACUUCCUGAAAACAACACCGUGAAAAAUCAUCCCCAUAACCUAAACCUUUCGCUCACUCUGGAGGGGAUAUCACCGGCAGAACAGCGUAAAGCUUUGCAAUUAAUUUAGGUUUUUAAAACCUGCCGCGAAAUUUGAAAACCCUAACCACGCCUCAUGAAAGCUUUGAACGAUCCAACUGAGUAACAACUGACUAUAGUAAACUGAUAAUUGCGUGAAAAGCCUAUAAUAUUAAAAUUUGUGAAUCCCAAAAACGGCUGAAAUCUACUUUGCUAAAAUUUUAAUUGAUAUUUGUUUGCCGAAAAAAUUUUGAUGCGGUCUCAUUUGCUUCGUCCUCGCAUGCAACAUUUUUUUUCCGACUUUACACUUGAAGACUUUAGUGACUCUCUGGUCACACUUCAUUGAAGGACACCUGGAUACUUAGAAGUAGUUGCAUUAUUUACUAUUCUCGUAUAACAUCAUUGAAUGUAUUUCCUUCAUAAUUCUGUGAUACGUUGUUUGUGAGAAUUUGAAAAGCAUUCAUAAUCUAGUGGCAUAGUAUUAUAUAUUUCACAAUUUACGUGUCUUUUCAUGU